AUGGGGUCAUCGUCUGGAAGAGCUUCAUCUCACACCUCAAACACUAGUACCCCGACUUCAAAUCGCCGGCCCCUCCCUAUUCAAUACGCUCAUAGUCAGAGCCCUAUUCCGGAGACAAUCCCACCGCGUGGCUCGACUCUUGCUCCACAGCCGUCGCCGCGUGGCUCUGCUCCACAGCCACAGCCGUUCCGUCCACACGGAGAAUCAAUUCUCGGAACAACCUCAACCACCACCACAUCAAGAUCCGCCGAUAAGUUUUAUCAGGAUGAUGGGAAAUUGGUUCGCAAAAUAUCGAAGCUUUGGAAAAGCAAGUUUGAUGGUCCAUACUACUGCUGGACAAAAACGCCUACAUAUGUUCAAGAUAGGUGUUUCAUAUCCUUUGCGGAAAAAGAGCUUGGAAGACCGAUGUCAAUCCGAGAAGUGUUCAUAAGGACACAUACACGGCCUGACGAAAGUUUCGUUGAUCCAAAGUCUCAGCAUAUUGCUGAAGUGUAUGAAAAAAACUUAGAGGACGAGAUGUCUCAGCUCAUGGAUGACGAAACUGAUUGUUCUUUUGAGCUUACCACAGCUGGAAAAGACAAUGUCUUUCUCAAGUCUACGGUAACAGAUAAUAGAGGCCAAGAGUUCGGUCUUGGUAGUCUCCGGAGACAUUAUGGCAACGGGAAGAGGAAGGGAGGGCCAGGGACCUCAACUGUUUGUGCUAUUUUGGAGAUGCAAGAGCAGUUGCAAGCUACUCAACACAAAACUGAAGAGCAGGCAGCGGCUAUUGCUGCACGGCAAGAUGAAUCAGCUCAGCAACAUGACCGCAUCGGCAACCUGGAGAUGGUCUUGAGCUAUCUGAAGUCAACGAAUCCAAAGUUCACCGACUAUGUGGCAACCCUUUCUCACGCAUCUCCACAUGCAGCAACUCCGACAGAGGAGGCAACUCCGACUUAG